AUGCAUGGCAGGAUAUUUGAUGUCAAGUGCACAGAGUGCGGGAAUGUCGAAUUUGACCGUUCUUCGCCCAUCUGCGAAGCCUUGCGUGGAACGGAGGAGCUUGUUGAACAGAACGUCAUUGAUCCAGAGAUUGGACUGGACCAACUUCCGAAGUGCAAGAAGUGUGGUGGGCUGGCACGUCCUGGCGUUGUGUGGUUUGAAGAGAUGCCCCUUCAUCUGGACCUUAUUGAUGAACUGGUAGAGAAGGCUGAUCUGUGCAUCGUUGUCGGCACCUCGUCAACGGUCUAUCCUGCUGCUGGAUACGCAUCGGCCGUUCGGAAUAACGGCGGUAAAGUUGCUGUAUUUAACCUUGAACGCAGUGCUGGGGAUCACAGAGCAGAUUUCCUGUUUCUAGGACCUUGUGAGGAGUUACUACCGCGUGCGUUGAGUCUGGCGUCGUGA